AUGCUUCACGGCGCUGAAGUCAUGUCGACCGAACAAACGCCCCUGCUUCCUUCUCCCACACAGGAGCGCGCUCUGAAGUGGACGGUAAUCGCAGCGAUUUUCUCGAGCUCGAUUGCCUCUUUUGUUGCUGCUGCUGCCAGCACCAUAACCUCCACUCUGUCGUCUACGAUUGCGGACGAGUUUCAGUCGCUUGCCAUUAUCUCAUGGCUUGGUGCCGGGUACCUCAUCGGCCUGACCGCGACACAGCCAUUGGUAGGCAAACUCAGUGACAUUUUUGGUCGGAAAGCUAGCUUUGUCUUCGCUACGCUUGUGUUCACUCUUGGGAAUUUGGCCUGCGGAUUCGCCCCUUCGCGCACCAUACUUAUUUUGGGACGGGUCAUUGCGGGUAUUGGCGGCGGUGGCUGCACUUCCAUUUCCACCUUUAUCUCAUCAGACCAUGUCCCACCGAGGUAUCGUGGCAUAUGGCAUAGUAUGUCUAUCGUGGCAUACACCGGGGGCAUGGGCUGUGGAGCGGUAGCCGGUGGUGGGAUCAAUGAUGCUCUGGGCUGGCGGUGGGCGUUUAUUAUGCUUGCCCCCAUCUCGGUCUGCGCUGGUAUUGGUGUGGCUGUUUUCCUGCCCCGGGAAUCGACGGAAAAUGCCAGCUUUCGCGAGCAGCUAGGACGGAUUGACUACGGCGGCUCCAUCACAUUGGUCUCGUCUCUAGCGUUGGUCCUUAUCUAUUUGAACCAUGAAGACGCCCAGGCGGUUGCGCUUCUCCCUCUGGCAGGGCUAUCGCUCGCCCUUUUCAUAACGAUCGAGCUCCGCUUUGCUGAGGAACCAAUCUUUCCCCUGACGAUGUUUGGUACGCCAACGGUUUUAGCAGCAUGCCUCUGCACCGGAUUCAUGUCAGUGACAAUGUACACGUUGAUGUAUUAUGUCCCUCUCUAUUUACAACUGCGGGGACACUCUACCAGUCAAACGGGAAUCCUCAUUCUCCCGGAGCCUGUAGGCGGUGGACUGGGAUCCUCCAUGGUUGGGCUUGUCACAAGUAUCUCUGGCCAGUACUGGUUGCCGAAGACCAUCCAGCCGAUGCUCGUUGUUCUUGGCUCGGUGGGGUUCGUGACGCUCUCUGUGGGCUCGCCAUCCGUCUUGCCUGCAAUCUAUCAGUUUGUUUACGGGUUCGGGUAUGGUGGACUUCUGACCGUACUGUUGCUUGCUUUGCUCAGUGCAGUUCCACACCAUUUGCAGGCCACUUCAACAUCUGUACUACUUACUUUCCGAUCCAUUGGGUCGACGAUCGGACUAUCGGCUGCCGGUGUCAUUUUUCGCAACCGCCUCAACAAACAAGUCACGAGCCCUAGUGAGCACGACCAGUUUCCCUCGCUGAAUUCGACAGUCAGCUACCUCCAGUUGCAUCAAUUCCAUGCUCAGGACGGCGGCGACGAGUUUCAAGAUGGCUAUAUGUAUGCGCUACAUGGCACCUUCCAGCUCGCCGCGGGCUUCGCAAUUGCUGGUUUUAUUUGUGCCAUGUUUAUCAAGAAUUAUAAGCUGAGAUCGACUCUCUAG